AUGAAUUUAAGUGGUAUCCCGCAACCUCAAAUGGACUGGACAUCAACCAAUCUUGUAGAAGAAUUCGCAAAAUUUCAAGAGCACUGUGAAUUAGUAUUUAAAGGACCCUUGAAAGACCAAGAAGAAGAUGUCCACGUUACAAUGCUAUUGCUUUAUAUGGGUGCAAAGGGAAGAGAAAUAUAUAGAGCCGCCAAUUUUUCUAAUGCAGAUAGAAAAGAAACAAAAAAGAUCUUCCAAAAAGUCCGAGAACACAUCGCUCCCAUAAUUAACCCAGUAUUUAGCCGCUAUCAAUUCAAUAAUAUCACACAAAACGAAAAAACAAUGGAACAAUUCAUCACAAUAGUUAAAAACAAGGCUACAGAGUGUGAUUUUGGAACAAUGAAAGAUGACAUGAUCAGAGAUAGAAUUAUAUUUGGUGUGUCAUCCACGAAAUUAAGAGAAAGGCUUUUGCAAGUAGGGAAAGAUCUGAAAUUAGACAAGGCAACAAAAAUUUGCCAGGAAUUUGAGUAUGCUGCAUCUCAAAUAAAAAUGUUCAAUAACGUCCAAGAAAGUGCUCCGGUACAUGCAGUAUCAAGACCGAAGGGACGGAUGCCUAGCCGUUCAUCGGGCAUCCAAGGUCGUUCGUUUCGGAACCCUUCAUCGAUGAAUCCAGGUCGAUAUACAGAAACAUCAAGCAAUCCAGGUCGCAUUGGGGAACGUUCACACAGUACAAAAUGUAACAGAUGUGGAAAUCAACAUACUGACAAGCAGCGUUGUCCAGCAAAAGGAACACAAUGUAACAAUUGUAAAAAAUGGAACCACUGGAGCAAUGUUUGUAAAUCUAGAACAGUGAAUGAAAUUUCAAAUUUAAGUUCUGAAUUAUACAUUGACUGUGUAGAAAAUGUGGACAGACUUGUUUGUGUAACAGUAAAAAAUGGACAGAUGUUUACAGAAAUAUUAAUUGGAAAUAGCAAAAAGGCUGUGCAAAUGAAGUUAGACACUGGCUCUCAGGUAAACAUUUUGCCAUUAUCUACCUUUCAAGGUUUAGGAAUCACGGCACCUCUUGAAAAGCCCACAUCUAAAUUGACCGCCUACAAUGGCAAUUCUUUGCAUUGCAAAGGGCAAAUCACUCUCCCUUGUUCUCAUGCUGUUUCAGGUCAAGCAAAAAAUGUCACGUUUCAUGUCGUAGACACGAAAUCCCCACCACUAUUAGGUUGCGAGUCGUGCUUGGGCUUUAAGCUCAUAGAAUUUGCUCAUUCUGUACAAAAUGAUUAUAAUCAUAGAAACAAAGAGGCAUUUCUUACUAAAGAGUCCCUUUUGACGGAUUAUGCCCAGGUUUUUGAUGGCAUAGGGUUAAUUUCUGGGGAAUGUAACAUUCAUGUUGACUCAAAUGCUACACCAGUUGUUCAUCCUCCCCGUAGGAUUCCAGUUGCUUUACAAGAUAAAGUGAAACAGGAACUUACACGAAUGGAAAAAAUGGGAGUAAUUGCUAAGAUUUCAACACCCACUGAAUGGUGUAAUAAUUUAGUUGUUACUGAAAAAAGUAAUGGCGAUAUACGUCUUUGUUUAGACCCUCGUUCGCUUAAUAGUGCAAUUAAGCGUACACCCUACCCGCUGAAAACACUUGAUGACGUAUUACAUAAGUUUGGUAAUGCAAAGUAUUUCACUAAAUUGGACUUAACUAGUGCUUACUGGUCAAUACAGUUAUCUGAAGAGUCGUCAUAUUUGACUGCAUUUAACAGUCCAUUGGGGGUCUUCAGGUAUCUUCGAUGUCCAUACGGAUUAAACGUAUCAGGUGAUUUUUUUGGUUCGCGCCCUUGA